UUGUCCUCAGUAGCGCGCCGUACGGCCAUAAACAUAAACAUGGCCGCUCAGCAGCAGCCGCAGCCGCCUCCGCAACAGCAGGUUGUCGGUUCGAUGCCGCAACCUGGAUUACAGCAAACUGCCUCGAUACAACAACAGCUAAGUCAGCAGCAGGACUUUGAUCCAGUGCACAAGUUUAAAAUGCUGAUUCCGCAGCUGAAGGAGAGUCUGCAGAAUGUAAUGAAGAUUGCGUCCCUGAAUUUUGCCCAUAACUCAGGAAUAGACAACGGCAUUAAAAGCAGCGAUACCACUGUGCAGCGUUUUGACAAAAGUCUGGAGGAGUUUUACGCCCUGUGUGACCAGCUGGAGCUGUGUUUGCGGCUGGCCCACGAGUGUCUCUCUCAGAGCAUCGACAGUGCCAAACAUUCACCCAAUCUGGUCCCAACAGCCACCAAACCAGACACGGUGCAGACUGAGUCCAUGUCUUACGCUCAGUACCUCGGCAUGAUUAAAUCUCAGAUCUCGUGUGCCAAAGGCAUCCACGAUGCUCUGCUGGACUGUUCCAACAAGAUCGCAGGAAAGGUGCAGCCUCAGGGGAUGGUAUAGUCUUUCAGUUUCCACUGUGUUUUGACAAACAUGGUGUCACAUUUAAAACUGUUUCAUAUUGAAGUGCACAACAUGUACUACAGCUGUGUGUGUUGGUUCCUUGUAAAUACUCCAAGAAUGUGUUAUGUUGUAAAAAUACCAGCAGGUGGUGUAAGAGUUGCAUGUGUCAGCUCGGUAUUCAGCAGAGUUUUUGUAUUUUAUUUGUAUUGAUUUAUUAAAAGGUUUGCACUAAU